AUGCGACGAAGGAUAUGGCUGUCCGUCCCCAAUGGACGGCCACAAGAGCCAAUCUUCAAGUUCAACGGCCUACUGAGCAGCAGCAAAUUCCCGCUCGUAGUCGGUGAUGGCCUGGACCUUGGCGGCAGAGGCGCUCUUGGGGUCGAAGCGAUAGGUGAGCCAUUCGUUGGCGAGCUUCUUGGCCAGCUCAAUGCCGAUGACACGCUGGCCGAAGCAGAGGACCUGCGCGUCGUUGCUGAGGAUGGAACGUUCCACGGAGAAAGAGUCAUGAGCGGUCACAGCGCGGAUGCCGGGGACCUUAUUGGCGGCGAUGGCGACACCCAAACCGGUGCCGCAGAUGAAGAGACCGCGGUCAGCCUUGCCCUCCUUGAUGAGUUUGGCGCCGGCGACGGCAGGGUGAGGAUAGGCGGUCUUGUCGGAGGUGGAGUUGACACCGACGUCGGUGAUGGACUCGACCAGGGGGUUCUUCUCCAGGGCGGCCUUGAUGAUCUCCUUGUAGGGCUGGCCGGCCUCGUCACAGGCCAUGACGAUGCGGAGAGGUUUCAGAUCGGUAGACAUGAUGACAGAGUAGAAGCCAGAUGGGAGAAGCAAAGUAGAAUGGGUGUGGAUAGAGAGACGAGAGACGAGAGGCGAGAGACGCUGAUAUACGGCGUAGGUCCGAUGAAAAGAAUCCACUUGAACGAUUACCGAAGGGGAUUCUGGCGCCUUUUAUAUCUUUGUCCUGCGAGCUUUUGCUGGUGCUUUUACACCUCCAUUCUCGGCUGCACAGUAUUGGGGGGCCAGCAGUGGAGACUGUCCCGUGCUUUGGGUGGGUGCUGA